AUGUUCUCCGCAUACGGGAUGCACGCCGACACCUUGCCGCUCUCUCACCCUCACGGCUUCUUCCCCCACGACCAUGCCACGCAGGUGGCCGUUUCCCAGGCGGCACGCAUGCUGUCGAUCAACGGUCCGCCACGCUCAUCGUCGGCCAUGCGCGUCGUCAAACCCCGGAGCACAAACAGCAGCCCGAGGUCCAACUCGCUGCUGCACCAGAGGAGGGCCAUGAUGGGCGAUGUGUCGGCCUGGAGACGACCGCCGCCGCCGCAGCAACAGCACCAGCAACUACAACAGCAACAGCAACAGCACCAGCAACAGCACCAGCCACAGCAACAGCAACAGCAACAGCAACAGCAACAGCAACAGCAACAGCAACAGCAACAGCAACAGCAACAGCAACAGCAACAGCAACAGCAACAGCAACAGCAACAGCAACAGCAACAGCAACAGCAACAGCAACAGCAACAGCAACAGCAACAGCAACAGCAACAGCAACAGCACCAGCAACAGCACCAGCAACUGCAACUGCAACAGCACCAGCACCAGCACCAGCACCAGCACCAACAACUGCAACUACAACUGCAACAGCACCAGCACCAGCAGCAACAAAGAAUGGACUACCUUUUCCCCUCGCAGCCAUCACACGUGGCCCAUGCUCGGCGGCAAGAUGCUCGCCCGCUCAGCUGGCAUCCUUCGUCCUACGUGCAGCACGCGCAGCCGUCGUGUCGUCAACCGACGAGCUAUCCGAUCCCGACGUCGACACCCACGCCCAACGCCCACGACGAUCAUCAAGAGCUCUUCCCGACGCAGGCACAAUUCUCUCCGUCCAUGGCCUCCUACUCCAACGAGACGUCGCCCUCGUCGACGUUUCUGCACCUGCCCCUCUACCCGGCUGGCGACGGCGGCCACUUCUGGCCGUCGGAUGGCUGGGACCUGUCGCACCGGACGACGCCGUCGUGCGUGCCGACGAGCAAGGGCGGCCCGAGCGUGCACGACACCUUCCCGGCCGCCGACGGGACGCGGCAGAAGGAUCUGGACUGGAACGCCUUUGUGGCGCAGGGAUUCGGCAGCACGUCCCCGCCGACGCCCGAGUCGUUCCCGAAGCACGCGCAGCUCGCCGUCGCCGUCUCGCCGGAGCCCUACGCGGCCCUCGAGGAGGAUGGCGAGAUACUCGUCGGCAUGGGCUUGUACGACGCGCCCGAGAAGCUUGACGACGACCCGCAGCUGAACAACUACCGGUCCACCGUCUCCUCCCUGCUUGGCUCUUCCCUGCGGCCUCGGGAGCCGCGAGGCAAGGGCCUGAAGCUCGAGGAGACGUGGGAGCCGCCCAAGUCGGACGACGGGGAGGAUGCCCACGAUGAUGAGGCCGAGGGGGAGUAA